UGUUAUUGAUACUGUAGCACUUCCGUGUUUACAAAAAGUGAUAGCGAACGUGUGUUUUUGUAUGGCUAUAUCGUGCUGGCUGACGAGCUUGGUCUGUAUGGCCGUUGAAUUUUGAAUACGAAUUGCAUGCAAACGCAUUGUGCAAUGUCUGAGCGCAGAUACAGCUCAUAACUACGCACAUAGAUCAUUAGCAUUUAUGCUACGAGAUGAGGAGCAGUUCAUCCACAUCCUUGGCGCCUGUGCGCAGUUUGGGCUCCGUUCGUCUAAAUAGUCCUUCGUUUUGUUCAAGUUCGGCACAAACAAUUGUGUUAUUAGAUGCUGCUGCCGAACAGUUAAUGGUACGUAGAGAUUUCCGUGCGGCUGUCGAGACGUGCGAGAGAGGUUUGGACGGCCUUGGCAACCUCGGUGAACAAGGAGAAAACAGUUUCAGGUAUGGAGAGCUGAAAGCAGCUCUGUGCGUGGUUGGGAUCCAAGCAUUGGCCGAGCUCAACCAGUGGAGCGGCGUACUCACAUGGGUACUUCGGCAAUAUGGUAGGCCUGAGAAGAUACCAGCCAAAAUUGUACAGAUGUGCAUACUCCUAUAUGCCAAAGUGGGUGAACCAGCUGCAAUGGAGGAGGUGGGCUGUGAUUGGCUGAAGUGCCAUGCCAACAGGAGCACACCGGCCUUUGGGACUGUUGCAGAGCUGUACCUCAUACACAUACUUUUGCCCCUGGGUCGACUGGUAGAAGCACGUGAGCUGGUGCUGGGAGAGGUGGGAGGUACUGCAUUUACUGAGGACCAGAGGCAAACAGCACUGGAAAUUGUGGAGAGUCAGGAGGGUCAGGGCCAGGGAAGGCUGAGUCUCUGUUCCCAUCCCCCUGCCAGUCCAAUCCAGGGCACUGAGCUCAGCACUAACGCAGGUGUCGCAGGUGCUGCUAGUCGGAGGCUGGAAGUCUUGUUGAGGCUGGUGUACAGAGGGCUUUCAGUGGCUAAGAAAGGCUUGUGGUCGUUACUUUUCCAGAGGGCCUUGCUGGCUGCCUUCCUACUCUAUCUGAUUCUAGUCCGACUGGACCCAGCUCUGCCUCCAUCCUUCCCCUGGAUCUCACGCUUGCUGCGAAUUCUCCGACAGAUGUGGGAUACUAUGUUUGCCCCAUACUACCAAGCUAGCUCCAUGAGCUAAACCAAAGUCUUCUGCAUUGAAGAAAAACUGCAUGUGUGAAAACGUCUUUGCAUACAUCUGGUGGAUCAAGACUACUUUUGUCUACAUGCCUAUGGAAGAUGUAGGAUUACAAGUCUGUUUUUUUUUUGUACUCAGAUUCUGAAGCCUGAAAAAAAAAGCCUUUUUAAAAAUCUAGUGGCUAGAUUAGCAAUGUCUCUUCAAUUAAUUUAUAAGCAAGAACAUAGCAGACAUGGACAGAAUAACUCAAAGUCUCAAAUUUGAGAUGCCGUGAUCCCAUAUUAAAAUAUUUUGUGCAAUAAAACUGUCCCCUCUGUUUUACCUGUUUGACGCGUAAAGAAAGCACGUGUAGGCGAUAUUCAUAUUUAAUUAUAUUCCUGUCGGUUGCGCUUAAGAUUUAUUUACUUGCAUUCUCAUUGCAAAAUGAUAACAGUAAAGUAAUAUUUUCGUUCCAUCAUGACGGUAACCUAAGUGUAGACGGGAUUAAAACGCACCAGUACAUUACUGUAUAUUCGCUGAGAAUCGUUGGAGUGUAAAAUGUUGCUGUGUGAGCAAUAAAAUGAGUAACCACAA